AUGUCCGUCCCCCAAACCAUGAAGGCCGUCUUAGUCGAGAAGCUCGGUGGCCCCGAGGUCCUCGAGUUCAAGCCCAACCACCCUGUCCCCACGCCCAAGGAAGGCCAAGUCCUCGUGAAGAAUAACAUCUCUGGCAUCAACUACAUCGACACGUAUUUCCGCACAGGCCUCUACCCCUCCGCAAAGCCGGAGAUUCUCGGUCGCGAGGGUGCCGGUACCAUUGUCGCUCUGGGCGACGGUCCCAACCCCUACAACUUCCAGGUUGGAGAUCGGGUGGCCUGGCUCAGCACUGGCGGAUAUGCCGAGUACACGGCGGUGCCGAUGGCCAAGACGGUCAAGAUCCCCGAUGGAAUCACAGAUGAGAACCUGAUGGCAUCAUUCCUGAGUGGAUUGACGGUCAUCACGUUGGUGAAGGAGACGUAUCCCGUGCAGAAGGAUGAGUGGGUGUUGGUGCAUGCUGCGGCUGGCGGGGCGGGAACCCUGAUGACGCAGGUGCUGAAGUCCAUUGGUGCUAAGGUCAUCGGAACGGCUGGUGGCCCUGAGAAGUGCCAGCUGGCGAAGAGCCUGGGUGCUGAUGUGGUGAUCGAUUACCGCAGUGAGGAGGGCAAGGAUUGGGUGAAGCAGGUGAAGGAGAUUACGGGUGGAAAGGGAGUUGAUGUUGUCUUUGACUCGGUUGGUAAGGAUACUUGGGAGGGAAGCUUGGAGAGCGUUAAGCGCAAGGGUACUAUUGUUUGGUUUGGAAAUGCUAGUGGCCCGGUGCCGCCUUUGCCGUUGCAGAAACUCUCCCCCAAGUGUGUCAAGGUCGCUCGGCCUCAGCUCUUCGGCUACAUUGAAACCCGUGAGGAGUUCGAGUUCUACGUCAAUGAGCUGUUCUCGCUUCUCCUGUCUAACAACCUCAAGGCCAAGGUCCACAAGGUUUACCCCUUGGAGGAGGUUGCUCAGGCUCACACCGAUCUGGAGGGUAGAAAGACCACCGGCAAGUCGAUGCUGAAGCCCUGA